AUGAUUAGGUUUCAGUGCACACAGUUAGAAGCUCUCCUCCUCUUCCUCCUCUUCCUCCUCUUCCUCCUCUUCCUCCUCUUCCUUCUCUUCCUCCUCCUCUUCAUCGUCCUCUUGGGACCAUCGGGACCAUCGGGACCAGAGGGGCCGGUGGGACCAUCGGGACCAUCGGGACCGGUGGGACCAGUGGGACCAGUGGGACCAGUGGGACCAUCG